AUGUCCCGGAGAGCGCACCUGCAGCUUCCGGCGUCUCGUCGCGGCGUCGUGUGGUUUCGAUGGAAGCUAAUCACUGCUAUCUCCGCCGCGUUAUGCCUCCUCGCUCUCCUUACUAUCCACCGUCAGUCUCGUCCAACUGCGACACUGUCGUCUCUCUCCGUCGCGAGAUCUCGUAUCCCGCUCCGUAAAUACUCCGGCGACCGCCCGAAGAUCGCGUUCCUUUUCCUCGCUCGACGUGAUCUGCCUCUCGAUUUUCUGUGGGAUAGAUUCUUCAAGAAUGCAGAUCAGAGGGAUUUCUCAAUUCAUGUACAUUCAGUUCCUGGUUUCGUAUUCGAUGACUCCACCACCCGAUCGCAGUUCUUUCACAAUCGCCAAUUGAAGAAUAGCAUAGAGGUAGUUUGGGGAGAAUCAAGCAUGAUUGCAGCAGAGAGAUUGUUGCUUGCGUCUGCUUUAGAGGAUCCUUCGAAUCAAAGAUUUGUUCUUUUAUCUGACAGCUGUGUUCCGUUAUACGACUUUGGUUACAUAUACAGAUAUCUAAUGACUUCACCAAAAAGUUUUGUAGACAGUUUCCUUGAUACUAAAGAUAAGCGCUACACCAUGAAAAUGUUUCCUGUCAUACCGAAAGAGAAAUGGCGAAAAGGAUCUCAGUGGAUAUCAUUGAUCAGAAGCCAUGCAGAGGUCAUUGUUAAUGAUGAUACUGUGUUCCCAGUUUUUCAGAAAUUUUGCAAGCGAUCUCUGCCUCUGGCUCCCAGAAAGAAAUGGCUUUAUCUUAAACAUAGACGUCACAAUUGCAUCCCUGAUGAACACUACGUGCAAACUCUGCUUACAAUGCGCGGCUUGGAAAGUGAAAUGGAACGGAGGACAGUGACAUACACUACAUGGAACCUAUCAGCUAAAAAAGCUGCUUGGCAUCCUCUCACGUUCACUUCUGAAAACUCAGGACCAGAGGAAAUUCAAGAAAUCAAGAGAAUCAACCAUGUGUACUACGAAACGGAGUAUCGAACAGAAUGGUGCCGAGCGGAUUCGAAACCCGUCCCUUGCUUUCUCUUUGCGAGGAAGUUCACUAGAGGAGCCGCAAUGCGUCUAUUGAGUGAAGGAUUAGUAGAUUCAUCAACAGAUACAACAACUUGA